AUGGAUCCAGAGACGCUGCUUACCUUACGUUAUCGCCACCCGAUCAUGCCUUAUGUCGAGGAUGUCGAAAGAUAUGCCCCAGGUGGUUUCCAUCCGGUUGAUAUUGGCGACAGAAUCUGCGCCGGCGCGCAGGCGUACCAGGUUCUCCACAAACUCGGCCACGGAGGCUCUUCGACAGUUUGGUUGGUUCAAUCGUGCGUGCGCUUGCCGUCAUAUUAUGCGUUGAAAAUUUUCCGUGCCGAUGUUGCUGACAUGACCGAGGCUCGUGAGUUGAGUAUCUUGCAGCACCUCAAAUCUUUCGCUGGCCCAAGGCAUCCCAACCUGGUAGUGUUGUACGACACGUUCAAAAUUUCUGGCCUAAACGGCGAGCGCUACUGUCUCUUAUUCCCUGUUCUUGGCCUAAGCCUCCGCAAAGUUCACCAAUCGACUACGCUGGGCGGUGCUUUACGACACCAAGUCUACCAACAGGCUACUAGCGCUAUAGAGCUCCUCCAUCAUCGUGGAAUUUGUCACGGCGACCUCACUGUUUCCAAUCUAGUGUUUGAACUUCCGAACCACCAGUCCAUGUCUCCAGAUGAAGUAUCUCGGCUUCUAGGUCUGAUCAAGACUGAGAAGCUCAGGUCUCAACGCGAUCGCUCGCACCAUGGCCCUCGCUUCGUCGUCCAGACUCCCAAAUUCUCAGGCUUUGACUACUCUCGGCUUUCUCGCAUUCGUAUUAUUGGUUUUGGGCAAGCUUUCCAUGCGGACCAGCCUCCACGGUCACUAGGUGUGCCGCUCAGCUACUUCCCCCCCGAGCUGUGCUUUGGUUAUCUACCCUCAGCCAAGAGUGAUGUUUGGCAACUUGCGUGUAUUCUCUACGAGACCCACACAGAUCAUUACCUGUUUCCCACAUUCUUUGAAAUAUUUGAAAUACUAAUCGGUACAGCCGUGGGACUCUUCGGCCCGAUACCCCAACACUGGCGCGGGAACUAUAACUUCGACGAGUACGGCUACGUGGAGCCGUGA